ACUCCACGUGACCACUUCGAGAUUUGCCAUAGUCAACAUGUCUGCGCCCAUCUCGCCUGUGGUGGAGGCCUCCUCCAGACAGGAUUUGUGCGAAAUUGAAGCCACAGUAACCAGCGGAUUUGAAGUCGUAGCAUUGCAAGAUGCCGUCGAGAAGUUGGGCUGUAAAGUCGUCAGAGGAAGAGGCAGGAUUUUUAUUCACAUCCCUGUGAAGCAAGCGGAAAAGGUGCUACAGCUUGGGGGUGUUGAUAACUUGUAUGUGGUAGUGAAACGAUACGAAGAUUUCAACUUUUCAAAGGACCAGGAAGAGGUAAUGAAACAAAUCAAAGGUAUAGUGCCCGAAGUCAACUGGGAGUUGGGCCUCCACGUCUGGUCAAAGUUCAUCAAAUUUGCACACCAGGUGUCGCCACAUCCUAUAGACCCCUCAGCCUGCCAAUCACAGAUAUCGAUACAAAAACAACAACCAGUUAGCCAACCAAAAGUGAUAAUCCAACAGAAAAAUGGGGACAAGGACUGCCUUAAUUCUAAACAGAACAGCAAUGUGACUGAAGUGGCCCCACACAGUGGCGAUUGUUUCUUUUCCUCCAAACAGGACGAUGCUGUUCACAGUGAUACUGACCAUUCUGUGAUGGGGAAACCCACGUCUCAGUGUAGCAUACUGACCACUAGGUUGAAACAAGCAUUAAGGACCACUCCUUUAGACAACAGUGACGAACCUGCCGCCAAAAAGAAGAGGACUUUCAAUCCGAAUUUGCCCAAAUUUCGGGCCACUUGUUACAGGACAGGGAAUAAUCAUAGUUUUCAGUCGAUGGAGGCUGCGUCCCAAUUUGGAGGGACUAUUCAGGAUUAUUUUGGAUGGAACGUGGAUCUGAAGAAUCACGAUUUGGAAGUGGUUCUGAAUAUAGCAGAUAAUGACGUAUAUGUCACCCUUGGGCUGACCACGGAAAGCCUGCACAAGAGAAAUAUUGUGGAUUUUGGACCCACCACACUAAGGACAACUAUAGCUUAUAACAUGCUACGAUUAUCUCAUAUCCUGCCUGGCGAUGUUGUUUGUGAUCCUAUGUGUGGGGGUGGCUCUAUAUCUAUAGAGGGUGCUGUCAACUGGCCCAAUGCGUAUCAUAUAUGUGGUGACAACCAUGAGAAGGCCUGGCCUAGAUGUCAGCAGAACCUGGACUUUGUCCGUGAGAAGAGGAGAAUGAAAGGAAGGUCGUCAGCUACCUGUGAUGUGAUGAAGUGGGACGUGACUAACCUACCUCUACGAGAUAACACAGUGGAUGUCUUUAUUACAGACUUGCCGUUUGGUAAAAGACUGGGCUCCACUAUGGACAACAGAGUACUGUACCCUAAAGCAUUAACUGAGAUGGCCAGAGUGUGCAAACCUAAGACUGGGAGAGCCUGUCUGCUCACACACGACAGGAGGAGCAUUGCCAAGGCCAUGCAGGCAGUUAGUCACCUGUGGCACCGAGGCAUUGUACUGUGGAUCAACAUAGGUGGACUGGCUGCUGGGGUCUACAUGCUGCACAGGAACGCUGAUGAUGGAAAGAAGGAGAGAAAGGAGGCGAGGGGAGGACAAAACAGUGCUGCAGGACAAUGAGCAGCAGAGAGAGGACAGCUUGGCUGGUUUAUUAAUUAAAGAACGAAGAGAAAUAAAGUAGUGUAGAAGGUACAUGUGAUGUACGUGCUAGUGACAGUAUAAACUGCUGUUUUUAAAACCAUACUCAGUAAGUUAAACAAUGGUUAGUCACAAGGGACAUUUUUGAAGUUUUGAGAUUUUUUAAUCGUGGUAUAGGAUAGGUAGGUAGGUAGGUUGAGUUUUUAAUCAUGGUACAAGAUAUAGCAUUGCCCAUAUACUUGUACUUUGUAGUCUUUAGUUAGUGAAGUUCAAAAUGAGCAACUUUAAAAAGUAAUUGCUUUAACUACCUUCCAGUGGUAAAAUUUAAGGUAUCUCCUAUAGUACAAAGUACUCUAAUAUUCUAGGCUUGACCCAAAAGAUAAGGAUCAAGUUCAGUAUUUUAAGAUGGGAGAAUUAUCAUAUUUUUCUUGAUUAAGGUCAUAUUAAGUAUGACAGGUUGGUGGCCAUCAGGAUCCACAAAGGUCCUCUAUUUCAUUCAUCUUCAAGAUGUCUGGUUUUUAAUUUUUUUUUUCAGUUUAAAAUUUCCAUUGAUAAUUUUUAAGUUACAUUUAUAGGGUGUGAGUUUGGAAAGGCAAAUUGUGUCAUAUAUCAGCUGUAAACUGAUGUGUGUUUAAGUUCCAGACAGAUAUUGCUGAAAAUUAUUAUUUUUCAUUAAGUUUGGGGACGUUCAUGGCAUACACACCAUUAGACUGUUGUCCUCUACUUAAUUUACCUACCUGUAUAUCAGUUUAGUACAGAACACUCGUGUGUUAUAAAAUUUUUAGUUUGUUGAAGUAAUUUGUGGAGAUUUAUGGAUACUGAUUGAAAAGAAUAGCUAGUUAUAGCGACCUGUUGCCAUAGCAUGGAU